UUAUAAAAAAAAACAUUUCUCAAAAAAUUUUAUUUCUUGAACAACUUAAAACAUACUCAGCCAAUCAAGCUCAAUUUUUCUCAGUGCCUAGGUAUAGUUAAGUCGAUUUGAAUGCCACCUCAAAGAUCUGAAUCGGUGAAUCCGUUCAAAAGUAAUAGUAUAAAUACAUACGUACGUACGGACAUACAUACAUGCAUAUACUUGAACAUCCUCUUACAAAUUUUCAGGAUAGCUUCCUAGGACCUUAAAACUCCGAAAUCAGUUCAGAACUCGUUUUACGAUAAUUCGGCCUAAACCAAUAACUUCCUUUUUUUUUUAAAAUAUCCAAUUUUCGUUGCGGAAAAUUAAAGAGAUUUAACGUAUUGAGUCCAUGAAAACUUAGAAUUUCCUUAAUUACUCGAUUCCCCCGCCUUCCCUUUCCCUUUAUAUUAAUACAUUUACCCAUAAAUCUAUAGAUAUAUGAAGAAAAAAUAUUGUUCAAUAAAUGGAAAAUCAUACAUUCAAAAACGUAGUCCAGAUGUUUAUAUAAAUUGUUUGAUACUCUAAAUGUAUUUUUAGUAUUUAUGUUUAAAAUACAUGGGGUGACAGGUAGGUUUUGGAAUUCGUAUAAAUCAAGGACAACUUCGUGACAAUCAAGUUGUUAAUUGAAAGAAUGAUAAGCUUUAUCAAAUUUUUUAAUAGUUAGACAUUCCCAGUUGAUAGAUUCCUUUGUGUUAAUUCUUUGUUAAUGAGCAUAAAAAGCUGAUGAUGGCUUUAUCGGCAAUAAUAGUUCUAAUCGAGUUGUGUUUGGGUUCUCAUAUACUUGUUUUAAUAGAAACGUGUCUCAAUGAAGUCAUUUUUAGCCUUCCUAUCCUUCGUCACUUUAUUGACGGCUCAGAGCUAUGCGUGGAAAAUCGUAAGAAAUUCUACAACAGCUGCUCCAAAUUAUGGCUCUGGGGGAUCUUCAUCAAGUUCCAGCUCCGAUGUGGUUUCGGAUGAAAAUUUUCCGUUAUUAUGGCAAAUGGAAUCAGUAAAUGAUGUUGACAUAAAUUAUCUAAAUAAUAAUAUGGAUGCAAUGGCAAAGAUGGCUGAGAAAAGUUUCUGGAAAAUAAAACCGGCUAACGAUAAUAUGGAUUUGUAUAAGAAUCUGUUACCGAAAGUUGUUUUCUUGUCUACAGAACGUUGGUGGGAUCCUUCAAUACCAAGGGAACGAUAUGCCUUAAGAAGCAAUGGUGUCUAUAUGUUGCCAGACCAAACGAUACGUCCUCCAUCACCUGACAAUGUAAUGCAAGUAUAUAAUCCUAAUAGUCUGAAGACUCCAAUUUAUGUUAAAGCAGAUGCAAGCAAGCCAUUGACUACUGACGUGAACAAUGGAAAAUUAAGACUAAUAUUUCACGUCAUUCGUGUUAAUGUUUAAAAGUAUUCUAAUAAUUAAUUAGUAUUCUUUCGGUCGAAGUGAUUGAUUUCAUUGGUUGUCGGAUGAAAUUAACCACGAUUCGAAGUGUAACCAAAAUAGUUAAUAAAUCUCAUGCCAUACAA